GAAAAACAAGAGAAGGGAGUUUCAAGGCGAAGGUAUGAAGCUUCAAUUCCUUUUCUUUUUACUUUGAACUUGUAUCAACAUGUAUGGGUGCUCACCUUUACGUUGCACUUCUUUUGUUUUCUGGUGUUUGGUUAUUUUUGCUUCUUGGUUUGAGCGUCCUAACCACAAACAGGUUCAGAAGAAGAUGGAGGAAGGGGGAGAGGACGACAACAACAACGACAACAACAACAACGACGACGACGACGAGGAGGAAGCAGAGGAGGAGGAAAGGACAUCGUUUGCAUUUUGGGGGUUGUUUUUAAGCGGUUCACAUUGUCUUGUAUGGAUACCCCGUCAGUCGAGCUACAGCUCCUGACAUGUAUGUUUUCGGAUUUGUUUUUGGACUCGUUUUGGGAUUUGUCUUGGGGAUUGGACAUUCGGCAUUAGCAUUGGGCAUCAAGCAUGGCGCAUGAGAUUUGAAAGACUUUGAGGAACAGCGGAUGGUUAUGUAUUUAGUCGUGCCUUCAGGUUACUGUACAGCCCCUUCGGUUCGACGAUUUGUACUUACGAA